GCAAACCUCUUCUCCGCCACUCUCCUCGCCCGCCGCCUCGCCCUCUUGCCAGCUACCUCCUCAGCCUGCCGUCCGCCGGCGCUACCGCUGCCGCUGCCGCUCCCUUCGUUAACCCCAUCGCCUCCCUGCUGUCCCCGCAACCUCGGACACCAGCUUUCGAGAUGUCUUCUGGAGAUGAGAUCAGUGGAGAUGAAAUGGUUGAAGAGACACAUUGCAGAGAUAUUAGGCGCUACAAAUGUGAAUUUUGCACUGUUAUAAGGUCCAAGAAAUGUCUCAUCAGAGCUCACAUGGUUGCUCAUCACAAGGAUGAGCUGGAAAUAUCAGAAAUCUACAACUCAGACGGGGAAAAGAUUAUUCAAGAGGAUGAACCAACCUGUGAAGAGUGUGGAGCUUCUUUCCAGAAACCAGCUCAUCUGAAGCAGCACAUGCAAAGUCAUUCCAAAGAGAGGUCUUCUGUGUGCCCACUUGAAGACUGUCCCUUCAGCUAUAUAAGGAAAGAUCACUUGAACCGGCAUAUGCUUAAGCAUGAGGGGAAGUUGUUCACUUGCCCUAUGGAAGGUUGCGACAAGAGGUUCAGCAUCAAGGCAAAUGUGCAAAGGCAUGUGAAGGAAAUGCACGAGGUUGAAAAUGACACUAAAAGCAACCAGCAGUUUGUUUGCAAGGAGGAGGGCUGUAACAAAGCUUUUAAGUAUGCUUCGAAGCUGAAGAAACAUGAGGAGUCGCAUGUUAAAUUGGACUACGUAGAAGUAGUCUGCUGUGAAGAGGGCUGCAUGAAAACAUUCACAAAUGUUGAAUGUCUGAGAGCUCAUAACCAGUCUUUCCAUCAAUAUAUCCAAUGUGAUAUAUGUGGGGAAAAACACCUGAAGAAGAACAUUAAAAGGCACCUUCGAGCCCAUGAUACGGCGGUUCCUACAGAAAGGAUUAAAUGCACCUUUGAGGACUGUGAAUGUUCCUUUUCCAAUAAAUCAAAUCUGACCAAGCAUAUGAAGGCAUGCCAUGAUCAAAUCAGACCUUUUGCAUGUCGAUUUGCGGGGUGUGGCAAGGAGUUCACCUACAAGCAUGUCAGGGACAAUCAUGAGAAAUCCAGUGCCCAUGUAUACGUAGAGGGUGACUUCGCAGAGAUGGCCGAGCAAUUGCGCUCGCGUCCAAGAGGUGGGCGGAAGAGGACAGCUGUGACGGUCGAAACACUGACCCGCAAGAGGGUGACCAUGCCUGGUGAGGCCGUGUCGCUUGAAGAUGGAACGGAGUACAUGAGGUGGUUGCUCUCUGGUGGGGAUGAAUCCAGACCCGCUGAGUAACCACACUUUGUCUUGCAGUGCCAGACUUGGCAGUACAUUGGGAGGUUGUCGUACAGUUUUUUUGGUCAAACUACUGAAGGUGGUGUGGUUAAAUGAGGGUUGUGAUUAUAUCUAAGUAAUGUAGUACGUGUGAUCUCAACAUAACAGUGUAGCGGUCAACUAGUAUGAGGUUGCAAAGUCGAUAAUUAUUAGGUUUAGUGUCCCGUUCGAGCAUUUCAACUUUCAAGGGAAAUUGUAUGUUUGUUUGUCUAGUAUUGCCCUUCAAAUGAAACUACGAUCCUGUUGAUUCCUUGUCAAUGCCAGUUUUUUAAUCAGAUGGUAUUAUAUAGC